GUCUCUCUUGACUAACUGUCUUGGAAAUGGAAGGCUUGCUUUAGCUGCUUUAAGCUAGCCAUGUCCUUCUUCGGCGGAAACUUCCGAUGCGCCAUCUUCACGACCAAAACAUAAAUAACAUAAAUAACUACACUUGGUCCGAUUCAGUGUUGCAGAUGGCCGUAAAUAAUGAAGAGAGAAAAAGCCUAGAUGAAUCACAGCUAUGCUUAUCCGGUAAGUGACAGUUUCAGAGACUUGUUUAAUAUUUUGCCCAACCGCCAUGGCAGGAAAUUUGACUGACCUGUCAGUAUGGCCACAUGAAGCUGUGCUACUUCUUACUCGAAAAAUUCAGAAAUAAAAGACAUCUCUUAAAAAUUCCUACUGUCAAGAAGAUGGAUGUCUGGCAGUUAAUAGCCAAGGAGAUAAAUAAGGAGGGCUGGGGCUUCUCAGCACAGGCUUGCUUCAAAAAGUGGGACAAUUUAAAAAAUCGGUAUAAAAUAAUAACAGAAAGGCACAAAGCAACUGGUAUUGGGGGAACAAGGUGGGCAUACUUGGGAGUUAUGACUGACAUUCUUCAGGAAGAUACUUCCAUGACUGCACCUGUCAUAAACAGUUCACUAAAUGGAAUAAAAGUUUAUGCUAGAAGCAAAGCUGGAGAAAGUGACGAGGAAAAUGGUUCAGCUGUUCCCACUGCUGGAUGGUCAUUUCAGGAAACUGCUAGUCCUGAUCAACCUCGAACAUCACCUUGUGUCCUUUCAGGAUAUGCAGAAACACCACCCCGCAAAGGCAAGAAAAGAAAAAGAGAGGAGCCACCAACAUGGUUAAAAGAGUUUCUGGAAAAGACUUCACAAGCUAUCGACCGACUUACUGAUGUGGUUGCAGAACGCAAUAUGCUGCUCAAGCAGCUCAUAGAAAAGUUGUAAUGUGGACUAAUUAUGAGGGAGAAUCAAAAAAGUAAAGGCAAAAUACGCUUAACAGCUUUAAUAUAAGUAACUGUGAGCAAGUGAACACAUCAUUUUUUCACAUAGUACCCAAGCAAGACGAUGCGCAUGUUGUAUCCUUCAACUAGCUUCUGUAUUCCUGCAGAGAAGUUGUUGGGCUGCUCUGGAAGGCAGGUGAGCGCCACUUUCUUUACUUCUUCAUCAGAGGUGAAUCUGCAACAGUGCAGUGCCACUUUCAGGAACUGAAGAUGUGAUAAUCAUGUUCUGUGGCAAAUAUGGAUUCAUCACUGAUUUCCAGAUGUGCAGCCAAUUGGGACAUCAUUAUCCAUGUCUUCUUUACUCAAGCAGACCUGUUGAUGGGCUGUUGUGUGCAUGAAGUUGAAAGGCAACCAGAAUGGCCUUUGUCAGCUACAUCAGUUCUUCCCUCUUUAAACCUUUCUUACCACUCAUAAACCUUUCAUUGGUUCAUGGUGCUACGUCCAUACUGAGCCAACAUCCAACAGUGAAAUUCCAAAGGGUUCGCUUCCUCUGCCCAAAGAACGUGCACUACAGCAUGUUCUUUGAUGGUUUAAUUUUGCAAUGGAGUGUCUGUUUAUCUGCCCUUGUGGCCACCUAUCAACUAAAGGCUCAGUGAGGCACUGUGCGUGGUCCAAGUCUUGAACAGGCAAUGUAUUAUAAUAAUUAUAAAUGCAAGAUUUGUAUAGCACAAAUUAACACUUGUAAGGAUCAUGAUCAUAGCACUUAAGAACAAGAACGAGACAUGGACAACAUACAAAGGACAGAAAAACAAAUAACAUAUGAAUGACAGAAGGAUAAACAACAGUACUGAUGAUAAAGAAAAGACAUACAGAAAAUGCAAAGAGGAACCAAGUAACAAGGAAUGAGAGUAUCGGUAUACAAUUUAUGUAUGUUGUAUUUCGCUAGAAUCUCUUUGUUCUGGUUAUUAUGUAAUUUAAGAUUUUCAUUUACUUUUUGAUUCCUCUUUGUAUUUCCUUUAUGUUCUCAAACAGAACAUAUAAGUUUAACAAGAAGUAUUUUCUAAAAAAUAUUAUUGUUGGGAACAUGUUAAGUUUAAAAAAGACUUGUGUAAAAUGCUGCAGGAAAAAUGUGUGGUCUAUUUUCAGGAGAGCUAUGCCGCUCUCAGAAGAAUAAUUACAUUUUUUUAGGUGUACACAGCAGUCCUAGAGUACAUUUAGAUUUGGGAUAAAUUACAUUGAUGGUGUGUUGAGGGAGGACUGUAUUGCAAACAGAAACGCAGUCCAACUACACACUUCAGCUUUAUACAAAUGUUGUGCCAUAUGUGACACUGCAGCAGAGAUUUUGUGCCAAUAAAAUCAGUGCGGCAUUAUUAA